AUGAAGACUAUGGAUGACCGAGCGAUGGCCCAAAGACAUGCACACGGUGUCCCUGCUGAUGCCGAAAUCAUCAAAGAAUCGCUACUUGAAGAGCAGCAAGCCCCGGAUCACCGACGAGGGGCCCCACUACAGGCGAACAGUCAAGACGCACCCAUCCUUCCAAUGAAAAUGGUCGGUGCAGCCUUUGCUGAGGAUGAUGGGAUUGACGACAACGACUCGACCCCGGCCUGUGCACCUACUCGUCCUGUAGCCAAGCACGAGUGUUGCGCUUGUGCAGACGAGUUCACCUUCGAAGCCGUCGCUCGUGUCCCCUGCGGCCAUCAUUACUGCCGGAACUGCCUAAAGCAUCUCUUCACGCUGUCCCUGACACAAGAGAUAUUGUUCCCUCCGCGAUGCUGCCGCCGGGCUAUGGACGCAAAGCAUUAUCCCCUGCUCCUUCCACUGCGGCUUCUCAGGGAUUUCCAGACCCGCAUGGUGGAAUUGACAACGGACGACCGCACCUACUGCCACGUGCCUGGGUGCGGCAAGUUUAUCCUUCCACAGAACAUUCGGCAGCAAGUUGGCCGCUGUGUUGCCUGUAACGGGCGGACCUGCUCCGUAUGCAAAAACACCGCCCACGUCGGAGACUGCCCUGAGGAUCUAGCCGUGAAGGCACUGGAAAGUCUCGCUGCUCAGAAUGGCUGGAGACGGUGCAAUGACUGUCGUCGAAUCGUUGAGUUAUCGCAUACUGUGUAA